CCUACCUCACUAAAAGUACAUUGACACUGCUAUGGGAAGACCCUCAGAUUCUUCCCCAGGAGACUUCUUGAGAAAAAGCUACUUAAGAAAGGCCCUGUGAAAAUAGAAUAAAGAAAUGAAAGAGGGGUCCAAGAGAGAUGGUUUUCCCCCUUAUCUAUGAACACCUCAGCCUUAGACACCACAGAAAGGGGCCAGAGAGGCAGAAUGGGUGUGAGGGAGGGGUUGAGGGGAGGGACCAGCUCAGGCCACAGCAGAGGGAGUGGCUGCACCUUCCUCACCUCAGAGCCAUGGGGAGCCAGGGUUCUGGUGGGCAGCCCCUGGCACAGGCUCCCUACACAGUUCUGCUGCUGCCACUGGGAACAAGCCGAGAAGACCCCGGGGCCCAGAGCUUUUUUCUUUGGCUGCAGAGGAUGCAGGCUCUGGAGAGAGAGCAGGAUGCCCUGUGGCAGGGCCUGGAGCUGCUGGAACAUGGCCGGGCCUGGUUUGAAGACCAUCUGAGGGAGGCACAGCAACAGCAGCUGCAUCUGGGAGCCCUUGGUGAGAAUUUUCUAACAGAUUUACACUCAGAGCCUGGCGGCCCCCAGUUAGCCCAAAUUCAAAAAGUGAACAUCUGUUUGCAGAAUCUGAUUCAAGGAAAGUUCUCCCCACAUCCAUUGAACAAGGCCAGUUCCUGCACCACCCAGAACUGGAAGGAAGAGCCGUGGAAGCAGAACUUGUGGCAGCAACAGGAGUUAUCAAAGCAGCAGAAAGGAAACAUCCAGUCUCAAGAGGAGAUGGCUCAGCUGAGCUGUCUCCAGGGGCAGAGAGGCCCUACCCUUGUGUAAACCCUUCUCAAUCUAGUGAAGGAGCAGGUUGAGUCAGAACCUUCUCUCCUUAUUCUGUCUUAACUCAACAGCCUCCUCUCCUCAUUCUGUCUUAACUCGAUUGCAGUUCUUGGGUCAACAAAGUUCAUAUACCUUGGUAUAAUUUUAUCCUCUACUCCUAAAAAUUUCCAUUUCAUUUUCUUGAUGUCUCAUGCCCUCACUCUCUAUAUAUGAUAUGCAAAAAUGAUCUUUCUUUGAAAUCCCUUAGGGGAAAAGACAUGUUCAUUGAAACCAUCCUUCAGUUUUGAAUAGAAAAAAUAAAAUAGAAGCUGCUCCAGAGUUUAAAAUAAAAACAACUCUAUAAAUAAUGCUUCCUGGCACUUACUUCCUUCCAAAACUAGU